AUGGCCACUUGUUUGGUGGAAUUUGCUAAAUCUCCUCCGGUAUUUUCUCCGGGAGAAAAAGUCACCGGAAAUGUGAAAAUGACAAUACCAGAUGACGAGUUCAAAGCUCGAAAAGUUCGAAUGGAAAUGAUCGGAAAAGCAUACACAUACUGGGAGGGAAAUGUUCGAAAUAAUCACACUAAAAUCAAAAACGGUGAUAUUGCUAGAGUCCGACACAAUUGUGCAGAUCACAAGGGGAAAAUUGUGUAUUGUCGCUUCGAGACCAUCGUAUGGAAAAGUGAUGGAGCAAAGAACGAUAUGCCUUCUGGCCCACACAUCUUCCCGUUUUCAUUCCAACUCCCUCACUGGGCUCCACCGAGUUUUGAAGGAGAUCUUGGAUUCAUUCGAUAUUUUAUAAAGGUGGAAAUCGAUAGACCAUGGAAAUUCGACGACAAGUUUAUCACCUGCCUAACCGUGCUCCCAAAUAUUGACCUGAGGUUAAUUCCCAACUCUCAGGUUCCAUCAAAGAAGCACGUUUGUGAAGAAUUUGGUGCAGUUUUGUGGAAGAAUGGGCUUGUGAGAAUGGAGCUCCGCCUUCCUAAACAAGGAUUCGUGUGUGGAGAAAAUAUUCCGGUGACUAUGAUUGUGGAUAAUAAGACAUCGAAAAGUUUCAAAAAGAUAUCUCUCCGCCUUGUACAACGUGUCACAUACACCGGUUUCCGCGACGGAUUUGUUAACUCACAUUCUCAACCUUGCAUCGGAAAUGAAAAAGAAAAAAUUACCUAUGCAACUCGUCUUAAUGCUCAAACACGUGUGGAAGAACGUCAGAUUUCGGAGACAAAUAUUGAUAUCAAAAUUGAUAAAAAUGAGAAGCAAGAAGUUGAAAAACCGAUACCUCUUCCCCCUUUGCCGCCAUCUACCAAAACCUGUGAGAUCAUUGAUGUCGAGUACUUUUUGAAAGUCAAAAUGAGCACGUCAGGAGCAUUGAAAAGUGCAGUAAAGUUGGAACUUGCCUUCAUAAUUGGAACAAUGCCAAUCGAUCCUGAAAGAAAGUACGAGUACAAAAAGUCUGUGUUUGGCUUUGCUGCGACUUCCUUGAAAAAUCGAGAUGUUCAGAAGUUUGCACCGCUCUACCCAGUUUUUAAAUUUGAUGAAUGAAUUUAACCUCCGAAUUUGAAUUGUUUGUAUCUAUUUGACCACUUUGAUGAUUUGAUACUUUUUCUGUGAUGAAGGUUUCACAUUUCAAUAAUUAAUUUA